CAUCGUUCCGUGUCAUUUAAUGAUAAUAAUAAAAAAAAAAUAAACAAAUAAAUAAAAAUAAAAAUAAAAAUAAAAAUAAAAAUAAAAAAGAAGAUAACUCUUGCUGAAACACGACAUGGUGUUAACACAAAUUGGGUGAAGAGAGCGUAACUACCCCCGAUCGUAUCUUUACGUCGUAGAUGCAACGAGAUGAAAAUACAAGAGAGAGAGAGAGAGAGAGAGAGAGAGAGAGAGGGAGAGAGAGGGAGAGAGAGAGAGGUAUAGUCGGGAAGUAUAGAAAAAGAAGAGAUGGAUGGAUGUUGCGCGCGGAUUCGCGCAUGUCCAAGAGCAGUGAGUAGUAGUAGACGGUAGUUUAGGGUGACGGGUCGGGAGGAGAAAGAGGAGGAGGAGGCGGUGGUGGAGAUCGAGGAGAGAUGAAGAGGGAGGGGUCUCUAAAGCCGACAGCAUCUCUCUCUUUCUCGCGCGCGACGCAGUGUAGUCGACAGCAUCCCGCGGGUGGUCUCGAUCGAAGGGAGAGACAAGGCCCGGGAGAACCGACGAUCUGUCGUCGUCUCUCUCUUUUUUCUCUCUUCCUUUUCUCUUUUCAACCUAUACCACUUUUUAUCCUAUCACGAUCUAAUAUAUCUUUUAUAUCAUCUCGCUUCUCCCUUAUCUUAUUUCCCUUUCGUCCUUUCAAAUAACUGUUCUCUACUCUUUUUCUCUCUACCUUUCUCUCUCUCUCUCUCUCUCUCUCUCUAUCUCUAUCUCCAAUUCGCGAAAAAUAAAGGAAUGAAGAAAAAAUAAUAAUAAUAAUAAUAAUAAUAAUAAUAAUAAUAAUAAUAAAAAGAAAGAAAUAUAUAAGUAUAAGGAAAAAAAAAAAAUUCAUUCACCGGGCCAAGUGAAAGAUAUCGAAGUAAAUCGUCGUACGAACACGAUCUGUGACUCUUUAUAAAUAGAGAGAUAGAGAGUAUAGAGAGAGAGAGAGAGAGAGAGAGAGAAGAAGAACAUAGAUAGUGAAUUGAAUAGAAGAAGAAAUAGAAGAGAAACGGACGGUAACAGGAAAGGAAGAACGCGCGAACGGAAGAGAUUUGAGCGUGGCGGUUGUUCCGAGAAUACGCGGAAGCGAGAAAGGAAAAGAAAAAAAGAAGGAGGAGAAAGAAGUGGAGGAGGAGGAGGAGGAGGUCUAGAAGGAGUAAAGAGGAGAGAAGAGGAAAGAGGAGGUAUCAGUUAGUCUGCCGUCUCGUUCAUCUCAUCCAGUUCGGUUCACGUUCGUGUUCGGUCGCGUGCAAAAGAAGAGAGACAUAUAUUUAUAUAUACACACACACACACACACACAGACGCCCCUCCGAGACUCGCGUGGCUACCCUCCGCGACCGCACCUGUCUCGAACGAGCGCGCGCGCAAACUCGUAACACGCACGCAUACACGUAGACACGGGAUCUCUCUCACACGACACUACACGACACAACAUCACAACGUAGACGACAGCAACCAACGACGAUUGAAGAGCAAAAGAAGAAGAUAGAUAAAGAGAGUGAAAUAAAGAGAGCUAAACGGAGAAAGAGUAACAGAGAGAGAGAGAGAGAGAGAGAAAGAGAAAGAGACGACCAACAUCUACCAACAGCAGCAGAGACUACGAAGAAUCUCUUCACGAUGUCGCGUUGGGAGUCCGCGAAGUGUGUCGUUGCUAUUUUAAAGUAGUACGUAUGUAUAUUCCGAGACUCACGGAGGACGUACGAUCCGUUUCGUUCGUCCUCGGUCAGAAAUUCUUAGACGAGAGUGCUUCCUAGAGAGAAGAAUUUAAUAGAGCCAAGAGUUUUUAACGAGACAGCUACGUGCGAGUAGAUGACAUAUAUAUAUUUAUAUUUAUAUUUUUUUUUUUUUUACGACGUACGAAGAAAAAUGAUAAAAUUAGUGGAAUCAAUUGGAUACGUUAUGUUACAACAUGAAAUACGUAUGUACUUGCUUACAUAUAAGACUUUAAUCGCCGCUCGACAAUGUUUACUUACAUUACGAUAAGACAGACGGAUAAGAGAACGGCUAUGGACAUUGUAAAAAGAUAAUCUUCGAUCUUGUCGACAAAAAGAUAAAGACGGAGAUAGAGAUAGACAGAAAGACAGAGAGAGAGAUAGAGAGAGAGAGAGAGAGAGAAAGAUAUUACGUUGUAAAUAGAGAAAAAAAAAAUCUAAAGGAGUGAAGUUUAUAGGAGUCUAAUGAAAUCAUCGUGCAAUAGUGUUGUUGUGUUACAUACGCGUACGCAUACACAUACACACACACACACAUAUAUAUAUAUAUAUAUUUGUUGUGUUGGAAAAAUAGUGAGACAUAAUAAUGUAUGAGAUCGAGAGCGCGUGCGCGUUGACGUGCGUGUUGGCGCACGUCAAACAAGAUCACGCUACGAGAUAAUUACGACGACAAGUCGUCCCUGUGGAUGAAUGAACGUGACCCGUACAUUUUUUUCUACUCGACGUGGUGAAGAAGAAGGCAAAAGAAGAGAAGAAGAAGAAGAAGAAGACGAAGAAGAAGAAGAGGAGAAGGGGAAGGAAGAAGCAUUAGCAACGGUAGCGACGACGAAGGGUGGGAAAGAAGAAAAAGAAGGGGAAGGAGAUGGAAGAAGAGAAACGUUACGCGUCUUUGUAAGAGAGAAAAAGAAGAAGAAAAAAAGAAAAAGAAGAGAAGGUGGAGGAGGAAGAAGAAGAGAAUAGCGGUUUUCAUAGCGCAGAUUUAUUCGCAACGUGCCAACUGUACACCUUCAUGAUAUAAGGCGAGUGCCAACUACUGCUAUUACUUUCGAAUAAAUACACGCUUAAACAUAAACAAACAAACAAACAAACAAACAAACAAAGAAAAAAUCCAGGUACAUACACAAAAUCAAAACAAAGAGGACCAUUCGAGAUCAUCUCUUAGAAGGAAGUACGUUUGAAAUAAAAGAAGAAAACAAAAAAAAAAAGGAGAGAUUAUCGAUGUUUAAACGUCGACAUUUUUUUUCUUUUUUUUUUUUUCGUAUGCGAUCGAUUAUAUCCUAACAUUUUGAUUUUAUCGUGUAUCGUUCUUGUGUGUUAAUGAAAAUCCGAUGAUUAUAAUGGAAAGGAAAAGUACCGAAGCACGGCCAAAGAUCGAAAUCGUACGUGUCUCAUCCAUCGAACGGCGAAACUUUCGCCCAUUGGAUGGGGUGCAAUUACGUGCUGCUUAUAGUCACGUCAGAGUUGGAAUUUAUUGCCCGGAAUCGGAAACAACGAAACCCGUCGUUUGCGACACCAAACCACCGAUCGAAUACACGAGGAAAUUUAAAAAAAAUUUGGGACCAGUAUCGAAACUGCUGAGACGUCGUCAUCAUGCGACAUGCCUUGCAACCAAAUCCUGUGAUAACAUUUAUACCGUGAAUAGAAAUAGUAAUUCAUUGGACUGGAGACUAGGACAAAGUGGAAACGAGCAAGGGCUACAAUCUCGACAAAGCAGUAGCUUAGACUGGAGAGUCGGAAGAUCCGUCACUUUUGGUUCCAACAAGCUCCAUUGGCGAAAUGCCACUCGUAGUGCUGAACAACUUUCUGCCAAUACUCCGAUCGGUUCUGAUCAUAUUCAAACGCCAAGUACCAAAUCUAAACUCGUAUCGCUUCUUAGACGACUCUCACCUCGUUUAUCACGGCCCGGAAGCAAAGGAUCCUUGCAAUCAUCACCGACUAUCUGUCCAUGGGUCCAAGUAGAAUAUUCGACGGAAUCGAUCGAUGCCACCAAACGAGAGGAGUCCCAAGAGAGUGACUUGAGUUUUCAACAGGAAUUACAAUUGAACGAGCUGAGAAAACGAAUGGCAGGAAUCGCUUCUACUUCUCAGGUCAUUACGAAAUCUACGAACGAUAACGAAGAUCAAAUCGUGCCACAUCAUCAUCCGACCUUUCAAGUCCAGGAAUCCAACAACAUCGAUCGUAACGACUGCAUCCAUACAGCCGUGCACGAGGAUCGCGGAGAGGAGAAGCCGUCGUCGAGGGAUCGUCGUCGAUCAAACGUCGAUCACGAAACGACUCGGCGUUGUGGGGUGGGUGGAAACGCCGAGCUACCGGGCCUGGAGGAGUUUGGGGACUCCUGCGUCGCGACGGUGACGUCCUCGGUACCCGGGGCUGGGCUAAGCUCUGGUCGACGCACCAGGCCCCUUUCUCUUGCCGUACAACCUCUCAACUAUCAUCGUCUCGAUCCGGACGCCACAGGCGACGAACUCGAUCAUCAUCUUCUACCCAACAUGACCAGUCAGGAGAGCAUCGGAAGCUGCAGCUUGGACGUCGAUCGUUCCGUCUCCGACCGAUCAGAGAACACCGUAGAUACCGUCUCAGAGAGAACGCUGCACAGUCUUAACUUGUCGUGUAACGGUGAGCCGAUUUCCACGGCGGAAAAUUUGGUGAACGGUAGCAGCGAGACGCUGCAAAAGUCCCAUCUCACUCCCGAUGAUAAGGUAAUCGUCAGCAAUGGUCAUCGUUGCAGUCCCGAGCCAGAACAGCUGACAGCUAAGAAGCCAAGUUACUUGGGAUUGGCUUGCAGUAUUAGCGGCUACUCGGGCAUCACAAGGUACGAUAGUAAAUUGAGAGAAGGUUUCCGAUCGAGAGACAGCAGCCCUGGUACAAGACUGAUCACUAGGGAUACUAGUCCUGCAGGUUUCAAAUCAAACGAGAAUUUAAGUGUUCCGAUACAUCAUUAUCCGCCUAAGAGUCAAUCAAUUUCACCGCUCGCAAUGGAUCGACAAAAUGGUUUCGCUAACGGCAUGAAGGAGGAGUGUAAGAUAGAAACUUAUAGAGAAACGAGAAAUUCGAUGAGUAUAUGUCAGGGCUUCUCUGAGGUCGAUAAAGGGGUAUCCAUACAUGCAACGUUUCCCGACGUAAGCCCCAUUAGGGUAAAUUCUUCCUCGAGAAGGAGUCCUGGGAUCGUACAAGUGAUGUCCUGUGGUCAACAAACGAAAUCCUUUUCUUCAUCGAGCUACGCCGAGUCAUCGCCAAAACCUUCUACGAUAAAUAUUUCAAAUACCUCGUUUAGCGAUACAAGUAUAUUGAACGGUUCGAACGUCGAGAUUGAACAACAAACUACGAAUACCUCUUCCAGCAGUGAAAAGUCCUUCAUUCAGCAACGAGUCGAACGAUUGUACGGUCCUGGAGCUCUCGCACAGGGUUUCUUCUUUAAACGAAGCGUUACUAAGUUAAACGUUACUGACAAUAGUUUCAAUAAAUUUAGUAAUAAUAGCGACAACUCGACGGACAACGUUAACACCGAGGAGUCCUUGAAAAAUCUGCCAGUCCUUAGACAUCUUCGGCCUGAAUUCCGUGCUCAAUUACCUGUGGUCAGUUCUAGAAAACCUACGGACGGUACCGAACAAGUAAUAAAACCAUUGCGAAGGAUAUCGCCAGCUCCACGUAAAACUGAACAACAAUCGAAAAUUUGUAAAACCUCACACGUCUCGGAAAGUGUUGCGGAAUCGUCAAACCAGCACAAUAACAGCAUCGCUAGUAUACCGGAUCAACAACCCGCUGCACCGAAGGUAGUGUUACCUGUUUUAGAAACAAGCGCUAGUUCCAGUAACGUGGCAAAACAAAUGCAGGAAUUAGAGAAAACGACUGAAGAAAAGAACGGACAUUAUUUUUUGAAACUGUUGAAACAAGAAACGGACAGACUUUUGUCAUUAGCUGCGUCAGCGGAAGCCGAGUUAGCCAGUGGCGAUCCCGUUGCAUUACCCGAAGAAGCAGCCGGUAAAUUGAGAUCGGCCGCUGGCAAAGCGAGAUUACUGGCUUCGCAAAAGAUGCAGCAGUUCGAGGGAUUGUGUCAAAAAAAUAUUAAUCAAGUGCCAGGCGAAGAAUUUCCAACUACGAACGAAGACUUGGCUGGCUUUUGGGACAUGGUCAUGCUGCAAGUAGUUCAAGUUAAUGAACUUUUUGAUCAAAUUGAAAAGUCAAGAAAAUCGCAAUGGCAAGAGAUUGUGCCAGAGAAAAAGAGCAAUGCGUCUCUUUCGCAAAAUGGUAAUGCUGCCAAACGCCGAAUAACGCCAGUUCAUAAAAUUAAGCCUACUGCGAACAGCGAAGCCAAUAAAAAGGCACGAGAGGCAAGGGAACAAGCGAGACGACAAAUGAUAGAGGAAAGACGUCGAGCGAUGCGUUCUAAUAUACAAAAUCAAGAUAAUUCGGUGAAAAUUUUUGCACCCGAAACGUAACGGCGAACAUAAUUCAUUCGAUCCAAGAUAUUUUUCUCUCUUUAUUUUGUUUUUUUUUUUUUUUUUUUUUUUUUCUUUUUCUUUCGCCAUUCCCUCCCCUCUCCCGGUAUUUUUUCUUUUUUUUUUUUUUUUUUUUUUUCAUUUUUCGUUUUUACGUAUAUGAGUAAAUCAUAUGAAUUAUAUAUAUAUAACUCCCAUUGGCACUAGGAAUGACAACUUUUAACGUAGCUACAUUCCUGUACGAUAUAACGAUUCACAGUAGUAAUUAUUGCUAUUUUAUGCACAAGGCAUAGCUGAGGAAAAGAUUUAUGCAAUACAGCAACAAUUUAAUGACAACAUUUGCAAUUGCUUUCCUCGGGAAAUAAUAAUAA